CCCGACAGAACCCCGAGCGCGUCGACGCUGCCACCAGGACAGGCAACCCGGACUUGAACACGCACUCACAAACACACCGGCAGCAGCCACAUCCCACCCGUCGGCGUCUUCCACUGAAACAUUCGAUCCGCACGACGCCGUUGUCCGCCGACUGACCAUCCCGUGACACGACCGCCGUUGCCAGCAUCGUCGACGACUUUUCGGUUCGAGCCCUCUCGCGCGCAUCGUAUUCACCCAGCACUUCUGACACCAGUGGACGCCGGGGUCUUCACGUCGAGAGCAGCUAAACGACGGCCAUGAAGCACAUCGUGUUCAUCACAGCCUGCGUUCUCCUCUUUCUCGCCGCCACCGGCGCAGAGGUGGCGGACGAUAGCGGCCUGCGUGGCAGUGCCGUGGGCAUGGGCACUGGUGGCAUGGGCGGCGGCGCUCUGGCGAGUGGUGGCCUGGAGAACCUGCUGUGGAACUACCUGAUGGCCAAGCAGAUGGCUCGCCAGAUGCAGCGGGAACAGGUCGACCAGCCACCGGCUGUGCCAGACUUCCAGAGGAAAAGGAGCGGAUGGAAGCAGUGCUCCUUCAACGCCGUCUCCUGCUUCGGCCGACGCAAGUGAGCUGCUUCGAGAAACGACGGUGGAUGACGGGAAGAUGACAAUUAGAAAGAAACGUCGAAAUCAUCUCGGAGCUCUCCCACAUUGAACAACGGCGACAACCUGCAGGGGUUGUCACUGAGCCAACGCGCCUCUUCGAUGCACCAAGGCGAAGGACGUCGAAUUGACAGAUUCGCCGAAGUGCAACCACUGUCCCAGAAGCUUUUAUUUCCGGAGAUUGUUUCUUGUUUGAAGAGUUUGGUAGUACUUAUUAGCUAAGGCAAGACAUUAUUUCGGGGCAUGCAUUUGUCCUACCAUGGGGGCUCUAGUAUAUAUGUUACAAUGUCCAAUGACGAAGGUAUAAACUGAGAACUGCU